AUGUCGCCGCGGCGCUUGAAGUUUGUCACACUCGAUGUGUUCACCCAAGAGAAGUAUGCAGGAAAUCCCCUGGCCGUCUGUCUGGUCCCCGCCGGCGAAGACGUGUCGACAGAAACCAUGCAAGCGAUAGCUCGAGAGUUCAACCUUUCAGAGACCCUCUUUUUAUAUGAAACGGGACCACAAGGCAAAGAACCCACAUGGAGGGUCCGGAUCUUCAUCACAACGGCGGAACUACCCUUUGCAGGGCAUCCUACGAUUGGAGCUGCUGUGUUCGCAUUGGGAACUCUUCAAAGUGCCACCAAGGGCACCUUCGUGGCAGGCGCCGGUCCAAUCGAGCUCUCAUUUGAUGGCGUUGUAGCCGAAGCAUCGAUCCCUCAUAAUGUCCACAUUCACAAGCAGUAUCCACUAAAGGUUGCGGACAUUGGCGCCACUCAGCCGAGCUUGAAAGGCUUGCUAGAGUCUGAUGAUGCAGUCACAGUUGUGAGCCCCGUCAAGGGCAUGAACUUUGUUGCAGUCGAGCUCGCCAGUGUCGAACUUUUGUCAACAAUCGCUCUCUCGGGAAGGGCGCUACCGAAGCUUGACGAUGAGUGGAAUGUUGGCUUCAUAGGCAGCUACUUCUACGUCCCGACCCGAGAAUCACGGGUGGACGGCGAUGUGAAUAGGGUAGAGCUCCAAGCGAGAAUGAUUGCCGACGGGUUCGAAGACCCUGCGACGGGUUCCGCUGCCUGUGCUAUCGGAGGGAUGAUCGCCCUGAAGCGAGCCAGCUCUCGAGUUACCCAGCUCAGCAUCCUCCAAGGUGUCGAGAUGGGCCGGAAAAGCGAAAUUGGUGUCGAAGUUACACUCAACGCGAGUCUCACGGCCGUGGAGAGGAUCGUAUUGAGUGGAGCAGCCGUUAGGGUCAUGGAAGGUGUUGUCGAGUAUUGA